AUGCUUCCAAUGCCAGUGAUAAAACUUCUCAGAGCUCAGCGAUCUGUGCCCGCGGAAUCAUUUGACGCCGUCACAAUAUUCUUCAGCGACAUCGUCGGCUUCACUAACAUUUCUGCGACGAGCACACCCAUUGAGGUCAUCAAUAUGCUGAACAUGCUUUACAGAUUGUUUGACGAAAAAAUAAUACAGUACGAUGUUUACAAAGUUGAAACAAUUGGUGAUGCUUAUAUGGUUGUUUCUGGUCUACCACAAAGGAAUGGCAAUCGUCACGCAUCAGAAAUAGCCGACAUGUCACUAUCAUUAAUGCGAGGUCUGGAAGGAGCGAGGGUCCCGCACAGACCAGAGGAAUUACUAAGGAUCAGAGCCGGCAUCAACACUGGUCCUUGCGUUGCUGGGGUUGUGGGCACCACUAUGCCCCGGUAUUGUCUCUUCGGUGAUACAAUUAACACGGCUAGUAGAAUGGAGAGUACUGGUGAAGCAAUGAAAAUUCAUAUUUCACAAUCAACAAAGAAAGCAUUGGAUGGCAUCGGUAAUUAUGAAAUCAAAUCCAGAGGAGUUAUAGAAAUACCGGGUAAAGGAGUCAUGGAGACAUUCUGGCUUCUGGGGAAGAUCGGUGGGCUCCAGGAGGACAGCCCACGAUGUAUGCGGCUUCACGACUACGAUCAAAACAUUCUAGAGUUGCUCAUACAGUCUUAA